AUGGCGCGCCGAGCUCCUGCACGCAAGGGCAAGAAGGCCGCAUCGAGUUCCAGCAAACCCACCGCCAAGCGUAAAGGCACAACAUCUCGCGCAUCCAAGGACGUGUUUAGCGAUGACGAGGAGCAGGCUGCGCACCAGGAACGCGCCAUAAACGCUCGUGCCGAUGUGGACGAAGUGUUUGAGUACGAAGAGCCAACGUUUGACCAGGAAGACUCCGAAGUGGACGAGGACGAGGCGUUCAACAGCGACGAUGAGGCUUCGUACGGAAUUGAUGACGAAGACGAUGAAGAAGAGAAGAUCAAGAACUUGGGAGAGAUGGUGGACUCUCUUGUCGAGAAGAAGAACAAGAAGAAACUCGAGGAGAUCGACUCACAGUUCGCCAGCGAGUCUGCAGAAGGAGAACUGACGCUAGGCAGUCUCUUAGGCGCUCAGACUCUCAAGCCUGGAGCGGAGGGCGCCGAGGAGGAAGAAGCCGACGAGAAAACCAAGACUGGACUCGAUCUGCGACGUGUGAGACAGCAGGUUCGUGAACUGGAGGGAGAUGGCACGACUCUGACGCUUCAGGCCGAUAGAGACCCGGUGCAUGACGCCCGUGCGCAACGCAAACUCGCAUACGUCGAGAAGAGCAAGGAAGUGGACAUCUUUGAGCCCGUAGUGCGUCGAAACAGGAACAAGGAGACGCUGGAUCUUCGCGUACAGGCGCCGAAGCUCGAGAAGCUCACGCCAGCUGCAUUGACGAGCAAGUUUGUGGCUCAGACGGACAUGGAGAAGAGUGUGGCGGCCUUACUGCAGGCUGGAGACUUGAGCGACAAGAAAUUAGCCAAGGACGAGGAAGAGGAGCUCGCUCGUAAACGAGUAUCGACCGAGGAAGUGGUAGCGCGACAGAAGGAGCUGGCGAAGCUUCGCUCGCUGCUGUUCUACGAAGAGCAGAAGCAGAGGCGCGUCAAGAAGAUUAAGAGCAAACUGUACCACAAGAUCCGCAAUGCGCAGGACAAGAAGGCGAUGGCCAAGCAGAAGGAGGAACUGCGAGCGCUGGACCCGGAGCUGGCUCGUAAGCUGGACGAGGAACUGGCGGAGAAGCGCGCAGAGGAGCGACUUACACUCAAGCAUCGCAACACCAGCAAGUGGGUCAAGCACCAGCUUCGACGUGGUAUCCAGGCGGACGAUGCGACGCGCAGUGCGAUCGCUGAUCAGCUUCGUCGGGGCGAGGAGCUGCGUCGUAAGAUGAACGCUGUGGACAGUGACGAUGAUAUGGACGAGGACGAGGACGAGGACGAGGAGGAAGGCGAUGCAGCCUCUCGACUGCAGAAGCGUUUGGAGAAACAAGCCAGCGCUCUCGUUACGGAGAUCGACGAGGACUCUGCUGAGGCUGGGAAGAAACGCGGUCUACAAGGCAUGAAGUUCAUGCAACGCGCAGCUGAGAAGCAGAGAGAGAAGGCGCGUAGUGAAGCGGAGAAGCUGCUGCGUGAGAUCCGCUCGGGUGACGGCGCUGACGGAGACCGUAUCCUGUCGGAGGGAGAGGAUUACCUGAGCUCUGGUGACGAGGGUGCUAAGAAGAGCAAGAAGAGCGCUAAGAAGACAAAGCAGGUGGUGGCCACGGAGCAAGACAAGGCUGCAGUUGAUCGUGCUUUGGCUGGUGGAGCGCUUCAGACGGCGAACGUGAGCAUGAAUGGCGGUGUGUCGGCUCGUGCGUCGGGUGCGAUUGCGAUUGACCUUGGAGACGGCGGCAGUGGCGUUGCACUAGCGAAUGGAGACAAGAAACAGAGCAAGAAGCUGGAACUUGGUGCCAAAUCUACGCAGGAGAAGACUACAGUUGUUGAGACUCAAGCAAGGACUGAUACGGAGGACGCUGACAUGGAGCCAGCUGCAGAAGGCGAGGAGAACCCGUGGCUGUCGAAUGCAGCGACCAAGAGUAAACGUAGUAAGAGGAACAAGAAGAAGACGCAGAGCAAGGGAGCACAAGCAGACGUCGCUGCUGCGAUCGAGUCUCUAGCGCAGGACACAAAGGAGUCACGCAAAGAGGACUCUGCUAUCGCUACUCUCACUAGCAGUUCGAAGACAAGCAAGAAGCGGAAACUCGACCAAUCGAAGACUGAGCCUACAGAAGUCGAGGUGGUCUCUGACAAGAAGACGAAGAAAAAGGCCAAGAGAGAAGCCAAAGCUGCAGGUCAGGACGAGCUCGUGCGUCGUGCGUUCGAGUUUGUGGCUGAGGACGAGGAUGAGCUUGCGCAGGAGAAGGGCCGGCUGGCAAGUCAGGAUGCUGAUGCCAAGAAGGGAGCAGAGAUCGCCAAGCUUGUGGGCAUGUCUGGAUGGGGCAGCUGGGCUGGCGAUGGGGUGCGAGUCUCCAAGCGCCAGAUCGCGCGUGAACAGCAAGCCAAAGACAUCGCUCGUGAGGCCAAGCAGAAGGCGCUGGCGGGUCGUAAGGAUGCGCGUCUUGAGAAGGUGCUCAUCAACGAGAAGAAGGACAAGAAGGCGGCCAAGUUUACGGUCAAGGACGUGCCGUACCCGUUCACGUCUCGAGCGGAGUACGAGGCUGCGAUGCGCAAUCCUCUGGGCAGCGACUGGAACACUUCACAGGUGACGAACGUGCUGACAGCUCCCAAGAUCAUGAAGCACGCAGGUACAGCGAUUGCGCCGCUUACGCUCUCCAAGGAAGACCGCAAACAGGCCAAGAAGGAGCUGAGCUUGAAGCGCAAGGCCAAAUUUUGA